AUGCCUGCUACACAUUGCUCUGUUCCGGGAUGUUCCUGGUCAAAGAAAAAAAAGAAUGUCGAAAAUAGAGCUUUGUUCUCUAUUUUGCGUCUAGAGUUAGCCAAAAGUCAGGAAGAAUGCAGACAUCGGCAGGACUUGACAAAUUUUAUUUUGUCACUCCGUGAUAUUACUCGGGGUGAUGGAAUUAAACAAAUGCUCCACAAAGAAUCCUCUGCUAUUUGUGAAUCCCACUUUCGUAAAGAAGAUAUUUUAUUCGAAGGCAGACCUAGAUUGAGGUCAGUGGAGAGUGACUUAGCAUUGUGUUCGGAAUGUAUAAAGUUUGGAGGGUAUCAAAAAGAACAAAAGGUGGUUGUUGAUGAUGGUAUGCAUGGCCUGAUUCAGAACAUUUUUGGGGAAAGUAAGAGGAAUAUGAAUGAUAGGCAACAAAUGUUUUUCUCAAAUCAAGUCGAAAACGCCUCGAUCACUGGGAAUGGAAGACGAUAUCAUCCAGAUACCAUACGAUGGACUAUAGAGUUGUAUUGCCGCUCGCCUGCAGCGUACAAUCAUAUUAGACAGAGCCAAGUGUUGGUAUUGCCAUGUCUGUCAACCAUACAAAGAUAUCGCAAUCACCUUUCUCCUGAACCUGGGAUCAACCCAGCUGCUAUUAUGGAGAUUGAAAGAGUGAUGACUGAACACGAAAAUCUUCCUGGAUAUAUAACUGUGGAUGAGAUAAAAAAUCUUGUUGUCAAAAACGGGAAAUUAGUUGGAUUUAUUAAGAGUGACCUCUCAAAUGAAUGUGUUCUCGCAAGCCAUAUAUUGGAUGGAAUGCCAACAAAUCGUCGAUUUUUCAACAUAAUUGCUGGUGUUACUUCCAUCCCUCUUGAAGGGACUUUCACUGCACCAAAUCCUCCAACCAAUUUUUUAUGCUCGGACCCAUCUCAUCUGUUAAAGACUUCUCGAAAUACUUUAUAUUCUUCGAGGCCUGGCGGCGAGUAUAUGAACCUAAGAGGUCGUGAUGUGCUUUGGACACACCUGCUCCAGCUUUAUGAAAAAGAGAACUCAAGUUUGGCUUUAAUUCGAACACGUCUGACGCAAGAUCAUGUCAUAUUAAAUCCACGGUCGAAGAUGAAAUUAGUCCUUGCGAGGGAUGUCCUUAAUUUUGAAGUUGGGCAAUGUUUUCGUGAUAUUCCAGGUGCAGAGGGUACAUCAGAGUAUGUAUUGAUGAUCGACAAGUGGUUCACUAUAGUAAAUUGUAACAUCACAUGUCCAAUACGCAACAUCAAUGACGAACGGCUACUUUGGUUGAGAUCAUUCUCCAAAAAACUCCUCGCUUGA